CGACAGUGGCAGAGCGCAACACAGAAAUCACCUAAUAUCUAUCAGUCUCUCUGCCUUCCAUACUCAAGCUAUCUUCUUACCAACUUGCACCAACCAACGGAACAAUGAAGCAAUUUAUGACUCUGAUCGUGGCUAUCAUGGCCACAGGAGCCGCGGCCGACCUCCACUACACGGGGCUUUGCUACGACUCUCCCGGCCAGGAUGUGAAAGUAUUCAACAAAGCCGCCACAGAGAAGGCCUGCACAUAUUACAAGAACCGUAAUACCGGCAGCAAGCAAUGGGACCAGUGCCCGGACUGCACACUCGAGAAUGACCAAAGCCUGCUCUACUACUGCAAGUCCGAGGGUCAACACAUCGGGGGUGAUGAAUUGUCCUACUACUGUGGUCUCGCCGGAGCAGCCGGUAGUCUAGCCUGGUAAAGGGUGGAUGGAACCCCUCCGAGUCGUUAGUUUAUACAGUACACAAGCCGAAUCAGGUUGUACAUGAUUGCGACAUAUUGCAAUAAUAUCAUCAUCAUACAACUGUAAUAGUGUCAGAUUAUCCCAGAAAGAAAAUCUUUAUCCUCGCCUAAGACAUUCCCAAACCAAUGCCCCCAGACAGCCAAAGCCCUCACCAAAACUCCCCCAA